AUGAGAGGCGCCAACCAGGACACAGCGACGCCGUACUGUCGUUGCAGAGUCCUUUAUCUAGGUAGCUCGGUACCCCACGCGAGCAAGGAGGGUUUGCUCGGAGUCCAAGAACCUUUGAGAGAACUGUAUCCAGAACAAGGUGCCUUGGGAGCACGUGGAUUGGACUCCUGGCUGAGCGUCUGGAGCAACGGCCUGUUGCUGGAGAACGUGGACGAGCACCGCAAGAAGGUCACCAGGUUCUUCCCUAUCGAGGCUCUGCACUACUGCGCGGCAGUGAGGCACGUCAAAGGCGGAAGUGGCGACGCCUCGAACACGAGGUUCCUCCCGUUGGACUCUCCUUUCGCUAGAACACCGAGUGCCAAUCAUCCGCCGCUCUUCGCCGCGGUUCUGCGACGAACCACGGGCAUCAAGGUUCUCGAGUGUCACGCGUUCAUAUGCAAACGCGACAUGGCGGCCAACGCCCUGGUCAGGUGUUGCUUUCACGCGUACGCGGACAGUAGCUACGCCAAGGGUCUUGAUCCUUCCACCACCACCACCACCACCACGACUAACGGAGUCGCCGGUGGACACCCUUCGAACAACAGCCUCUAUCACACCCUUGGUGGCUCUAGUACAACUCUUGACAGUCCUCAAGCGACUCGUUUGGACGCCACUUCGACAGACGACCUCAGUUUGUACAAUGGAGACGAGAAUCACAAGGUCUGGGCCAGAGGUCGAGACGAGGUGGACGGUCUGUAUCAAGAACAAGGCACUUUGAGGAGCACCAAAGGGUCCAGACCUCGUCAAUUGGUCGCUCCGCCUCCUCCACCGCCUCCACCGCCACCACCAUCUCAGCCUUUGCUCCUCGAAGAAUCUUCCUCUUCCUCGGUUCGCAGAAAGGCGAACAAGAAGCUGAAAAAGAUCAAAAACCGAUCUGUCCACGAAGAUCCUUUGCAACAGGCUCACCUUCAUCCUCAGUUGCAUCAAGGAAUGUACACCAACGGCCACGGACACCAUACUCUGGGUCACCCGGUGAGGCAACAGCACUAUCAUCCUCAUCCUUUGCCACCGAGCAGCCGAUCAGUCGCAGGGACUUUAGCUAGACCAGCGCCAGUGUUGUUAGUGCCCGCUGCAACUUUACCCAGGAAGGCUCACCACCAUCCUAAAGGGCUCCGACCGAUCCCAGCGGCCGCUCCAAUCGUUCCGGUGUACGCUCCACUGCCUGUAGUCCCUCCUCCACCGGCUGCGGCCAUCUAUCCAGCUGGAACUUACGGGACAGCCGGGAACAGAGGCAGAAGACAGCAUCCUGAAGCGGAUUCUUCGACUCUGGGAGCAUCCAGAAGACUGGCUGCCUCUCACGCGGAUCUUACUGCCGCAGAGAUGAACAGAGUCCAGUCCGACAGUCCGGAGAACGAAUCGCGUUUCGGAACUGGAAUCUACCGAAGGAAGGGCCACCUGAACGAAAGAGCAUUUUCAUACAGCAUCCGGGCGGAGCAUCGUAGCAGAAGUCACGGAAGUUUGGCCUCGCUAGGCUUCAGCGCUCAGAAUGGCAACGCGUUGCCCAAAGAAGAGAAGAAGGACAGAGAAAUUGCUCAAUUGGUGGCUGGUUUGAACCUGGACGACAGCCCGGACAGGCCGCAGCCGAUACCAGUUAACUCGAGGAGCGGUUAUUCGCAUCAUCAGCAACAGAUCCAGCCUCUGCCCAGGCCACGACCUCGUUAG